GCCUGCGCGCUACUAUCCUCUUCGCCAGCUCCCCACUUUGCGCAUUUUUGCUGCCCAACGAGCUUUCAUGUUCACCUCUGUCGCGCACAACUUGUCGCUGUGAGUCGGCGUUGCAGUGAGUUAUUCAUAUCAAGCUCGGACUUUUCCCGCCGGGUUUGGAAUCGCCGGAUUGCCACGGGUGGAAUUUGUUGUGGUAGUGGUGUUUGAGUAAGUGAAGAACAUCAUCGUCCUGAAAUAUAUGGCUUUGAUGGCGGUAUCCAUGGCAGGACUUUCUGGGGCCGUGUCUUUCGAAGUCGGUGCUAGAGCCUUAAAGGACGCGAGAAUGUCUGCCAUGGAUAUGUCUUCCUUAUCAGGCUGCAGUCUUCAAGUUAAGGGCAGCAAGAAAUCAUCUUUCCCGGCGGUCAAGGCUACUCCAGGUGUGAGGUGUAUGGGAGCAGAAGUGCCUCCAGCUUGGCCUGGGAGGGCUGUCGCGGAGGAAGUCAAGAUCAGAAAUGGCCCCAAACCUAUUUCCCUCAUUGGAUCGACCGGUUCUAUUGGCACACAGACGCUGGACAUUGUUGCCGAGAAUCCGGACAGAUUCAAGGUCGUGGCUUUGGCUGCUGGCUCCAAUAUCACUCUUUUGGCUGAACAGAUUAAGGUGUUCAAACCCAGCCUUGUGGCAGUCAAGGAGGCCUCAUCAGUGCCUGCACUAAGAGAAGCUCUUGCUGGCUUGGAAAAGCUUCCAGAGAUCAUGGUUGGCGAUGAAGGCAUUGUGGAGGUGGCGAGACAUCCAGAAGCCGUUACUGUUGUUACAGGAAUUGUUGGUUGCGCAGGAUUGAAGCCCACAGUUGCUGCUAUUGAAGCUGGUAAAGAUAUUGCCUUGGCCAACAAAGAGACUUUGAUUGCUGGAGGUCCAUAUGUGUUACCUCUGGCUAAGAAGCAUGGCAUUAAAAUCUUGCCAGCUGAUUCUGAGCACUCGGCCAUCUUUCAGUGUAUCCAAGGUCUUCCUGAAAGUGGAUUGAGGCGUAUUAUACUUACGGCGUCCGGAGGUGCAUUCAGAGAUUGGCCAGUGGAGAAGUUAAAAGAUGUUAAAGUAGCAGAUGCUUUGAAGCAUCCCAACUGGAGCAUGGGCCGCAAAAUUACGGUUGAUUCUGCUACGCUCAUGAACAAGGGUCUGGAAGUGAUUGAAGCCCAUUAUCUCUUCGGAGCUGAUUACGAUGAUAUUGAUAUUGUUGUUCAUCCCCAAUCAAUUAUUCAUUCCAUGGUGGAGACGCAGGACUCCUCAGUCAUUGCCCAAUUAGGCUGGCCAGACAUGCGGCUACCCAUUCUUUACACCAUGUCGUGGCCAGAGCGUAUUCCCUGUUCAGAGAAGACAUGGCCUCGUUUGGACUUUUUCAAAAUGGGAAAUCUUACUUUCAUGAAGCCAGACCACGCCAAAUACCCCUCCAUGGCACUCUCUUACAGUGCCGGUCGGGCUGGUGGGACGAUGACCGGUGUGCUAAGUGCCGCAAAUGAAAAGGCUGUUGAGCUUUUCCUUGAGGAGAGGAUUGGCUACUUGGACAUCGUGAAAUUGAUCGAAAAAACAUGUGCAAAGCACAGAGAGGAACUGGUUGAAAGUCCUUCAUUGGAGGAAAUUCUUCAUUUCGAUGGAUGGGCACGAGACUACACAGCCGAGUUGGUAGAAUCUGGCUCGUUCCUGGCAGCAGUCAUUGUGUAGUAUGUAGAUUGCAACAUUCUUAGAUUUUCAGAAACUGAACUCCUGGUAGACAAUGACCUGUUAUGACCAUUGCUCUGAACAGUGGUCUAGAACAGUUCAGUAUUUUGUAGUUUAGAUUCCAGAAUGUUAUUAUGUAUUGUUAGAUUCACAUAGAUUCUUGAGUGGGACCGUUUUUCAACAAGUCGGACAAAGGUCUGGCAAUCUUGGCAAAAUCACGAAUGAAGCGGCGAUAGUAAUUCGCUAGACUUAUAAAUGACCUAACACCCUUUUGUGUA